UAUGCGUAUAAUUCGAAGUUUUCAUUUCCAAGCUAAAAAAAAAACAAAGAAACGUAUACUCAAUAAAGACAUCCCUAAACAACCUGAUUGGAUAGUUGCUGUACCCUUAUCAAAGGCACGAAUACAAACUGAUUGGAGAAAAGGAAGAAUAGGAAAAGGACUAACGAGAGUUAAUUGCAAAACUAUUAAAAUGAUUCAUACUACCGAAUCUGUCUCCUCAGUUGCCGAACUUGACCUCCUAUUAACAAGUGGAAAGCAUGCCUUUGCGAUUAUGUGGCCAUCAAAUCAAUAUAGAAAUUCAAAUGCUUUCUUCAGUAUUGGUUUGUCAAAUGGUGAGUUAGACUCCCUAGAUGGAAUUGAAAGUCGUUUCAUUGUUGGCCGAACGAAAUCGUCUGUUGCAUUCGAUUUAAUAGGAAAGACCAUAUUUCAUAAUAAUCAAAUAGUCAAACACUAUCCUGGACAUAUGAAAGAAGAAUCUUGCCUGCCAACCCUUCUAUACAUGUAUGUUGACAUUGAUAGGUCAAUGUUAUCGUUUGGUUGUGAAAAGCAUUUCUGGGGUGAAGCAUUAAACCUUAGACUACUAGGCACAAAAGUUCAUGGUUUUCUCCCAGUACUUUCGGCUUGCGGAGUGACAGGCAGCGUUAUGUUAUUUUAUAAAGGACAGUUUGAUUAA